AUGUCCAUAUUUUCCCCACUUAUCUUUCUAUUCCAUUUUCUCUACAGGACGUUCUGGUCCGGCCUCAACCAGAGGAGUGUGGUAGGACUUGUGGUCAACUUUUGGAUCAACUUCGCUCCAGUGUUCACCUGGCUCAUGAUCUUCAAAAACGCUGGCCUCAUCCCCAAGAAGAUCAGACCUCCCAUCCACGUCAAGCUUGCGGCUACCCUUGACGACUACAUGUUCAACAUCUCCAAGCCACUUGGCUCGUUGUGCAGUCUCGUGGCCAUUGUGAUCGGCACAGUGUUGGUGUACUUGAAAUGGUACAGGAUGUCCAGACGGGUGGUCAGGGACGCCAGGUUCGAGUUCUUCACCCCUCUCACUCACCAACAAAUCUCGGCCCAGACCUCUGCCACGAACAACAAGAUCCUCGCCAACUUCAAAAAAACCGGCAACUACAUGCCAUACAACUGCUGGUAUCUUGCGCCCGUGGCGCUCAGUGGAGCAUCGUGGUUCCUCUUGAACUUCGACUACUGGUUGCAUAAGCCCCUCGCCACCCACAGAGACCUUCUUGCCUGGUUCUCGUAUGUGUUGGGCCACUUUUUCGCCCCCUUGUUCACUGCCAUCUGGCUUUAUGUGUUCCAUGCUCCUGGAGCCUUGAAGUUGUUCUCGUUCGCGUUGGGCAUGCAAAAUAUCGCAGGAGUAAUCACUCAUCUCUUGUUCCCCAACGCACCACCUUGGUUCAUCCACUUGAAAGGCAUGGAUGCCACUGCUGACUACGACACCCCUGGCUACGCUGCUGGGUUGACGCGAGUGGACAUGGCCAUGGGUACCCACAUGCAUUCCAACGGCUUCCACGCCAGUCCUAUUGUGUUUGGUGCGCUUCCUUCGUUGCACUCGGCCAUGGCGGUGAUGGUGUUUUUCUUCCUCUCGUACUAUUCCCGUUGGACCGCGUUGAAGGUUGUGGGGUUGUGCUUCGUGGUGCUCCAGUGGUGGGCCACCAUCUAUUUGGACCACCACUGGCGGUUGGACUUGAUUGCCGGCAUGUUCUACUCCAUCACCUCCUUCACCAUCCUCUGGUGCUGGAAGGGCGGGUUCCAGAGAGUGGACCACGACUUCGUGGUGGCUCGCUUGAGUUAUAAUUUUGCCAAGGGCAGCACCAUGGGAAUGAGAGUUUUCAGGGGCACCUCGUGGCAGAAGUUCUUCGAUCCGUUAUCGUAG